AGAAACACAGCACCAAAAGUGGUUACUCCUGGCGCCUACUUCUGUACCAGUACUGUGUAAGUCGGAAGCAAAAUGAACAGAGACAAACGUGCCUCGCAGCCGACCACGCGCCACCAAGGCGAUAGGCGCUGCAUGGGCGAUCCUGUGCGCCAGGAUGAUGUUUGGCGUAACUAUUCUGGAAAAGACAGCAACAACAGCAACGAAAACAUGGACUGCAGCAAGUACAACAACAAGAAAAGCUACAACAACAACAGCUACAGCAGCAAGCCCUACCGUGGCUCAAAUAGAGCUUUGAGCGACCAACGCUAUGGCAAUCGCCAUCUCCUUCCACCCAGGGAGCCACGCCACUCAUCGCGACAGCUUCAAGAGCAGCAGCCACAGCCCAUAUCCAGGCGUAGCAAUAUUUGGCGCCAAAAAACCGACGAUGGACGAAACUACGACAACAACAACUACAGCAAGCCCUACCGUGGCUCAAAUGGAUGUGUGGGCGACCAUUGCUACGACAAUCGCCAUCUCUUUCCACCCAGGGAGCCACGCCACGCAUCGCGGCAGCUCCAAGAGCUGCAGCAGCAGCAGCAGCCCAUAUCCAAGCGCAGCGAUAUUUGGCGCCCAGAGUCAGCAGAUGUACGUCAAGGUCUGAGACAGGAACAGGCACUGAAACAAGAGCAAAAUCUAGGACCGGGAAAGAAAGAGGGAGUGCAACAGGGACAGCGGCAGGCUCAUUCGUUGGAGAUGCUGCAGCAACAGUCGGCCAUGGCACAGUCACUGCUGCCACAUUGGGUGCGCAUGAAGGACUUGAUGUGGAUGAGUGCCCUCCGCAAGAACGACACAAAGGAGGCCAGCACCACAACUGAAAAAGGAAUGGCCGCAAAUAAGCACGAGAAGCCUUCUGGUCCGCAACCAAAGCCCCUGACAACGCUGGCGGCUCGUGUGAUCUCCAGGGAUGGACCCUUUGGUCCAACGUGCAAAGCCUACGACAUUAAGCGAGCAGAAAAUUAUCCGCUGACAGCAGAGCAGAAGCAGCGGCUGCGCAAUGCCAUUGAACGGUCGGAGGAUGGGCAGGUGCUGGCUGCCCUCGAUUUGGCUAUCCAGGAGAUACGCACAGAGAUCGACCAGAACUCACCGUUGAGGUUGGAGAUGUCGCCAGACAGCAUUCCAAGGCAUUCUCCAUGUCGCCAAGAGGUCAAGCAGCAGCAGCAGCUUCAGCAGCAGAAACAAAAGGAGGCGGCUCAGGAGGCGACAUUGCCAGUGGUGCGGCAGACCACGAAACUCUACCAGACGACAGUCAGCCAGACAUGGUCAACGGCCACACAGAGCAACAUCAUGGACCUGACCAACAAGCCAACAACAACAGCAGCGGCUGCUGUGACGCCUGUGUAUGCGGCGGAAGAUGAGAAUGAGAGUGAGAAUGAGGAUCAGGAUGAGGAGGAGGAGGAGCAGCAUGAAGAUCUGCUGCUAAAUGAUGGAGAGGCAGAGCAGGAGGAGGAGCAACAGGAGGCAGGGACAGAUGCUGUUGAAGUGGAGCAGACUGUGGCUCAGUACGAGUUCAAACGCUCAGCGGAUUUUACCUCCGAGCAGCUAAACAAUUUUACGAAUUUUAGUAGUAGCACAAGUACAAACGCCAGCAGCGGCACCAACAACAGCAGCAGCACUUUGAAGCCUGCUUUGAACAGCAGCAGCAGUAGUCCAGCCACAACCACAACGACAGCAGCCAGCACAUCCUCCACAUUAGACACAUCCUCCGCAGGCACAACAGCGGCCACAACAGCCACAGAGGCAUCCACAACUGGUGUGGUAAUGGCAGUUGCUGCAGCUGCAGCUGCCGCUGCCACAGUCACAGUCACAACACCAUUGACAUCAUCGGCCACACCCUCAACACCGAAAAUCAACACGGAAUGGCUGUCCGAUGAGCUGCUGGAGCAUGGCGAGAAGGCGCCCUUCACGCUGGAGAAUGCCAACAAAGAGGAGGAGCUGCGUCGCGCCGAGAGCGAGCAUCGCUCGCGCAAGUCGAAGGUGCUUUCCGCUGAAUAUAAGCACAUCAAUCGGUACAUUAACUUCUCCAGCGACACAAAGAGUUUGCUGACGCGCUCGGCCUCCGCAGCGCCCAGUGUAGCCGAUGGCUAUGACGGGGCCAACGAUGAGGGUAACAUUUCAUCCGAGGCGCUGGCCAUACAGCGCACAUAUUUCCUGGAUGCAGGCGCCAUUUCGGCCAUUUGUUUUACGGUCUUUGGCAUCUGCUGCACUGUGGGCACCAUUGGCAUUGUGCUCUACCGCCGGCGGUUUCUGAACAAGCCGCAGGCGCUGAGCGAGCCCGAUUCCAGUGUCUAUAUCGAUGAUAGCACCAUGCGGGUGAGUGACAACUCCGACGAGAUGUAUAGCCUGGACAAUGACUCGUUUCUCAACUCGCUGGAGGCGAUGACAAUACAAAACUACUGGACGGACACGGUCAAACAUACAAAGCUUUAAUUUUCCACUGGGGCAUACCCACACUCGCUCCCUUUCGACCGAUUAUUGGUUUCUCUUCCUCGCCCUCGUCCCACUUUUUUGUUUUGUUUUGUUUUUGUUUUUUUACCCUCUCUGUGGUGGCAUUCCUUUGGAUGCGCAUCCUUCUAACCACAUCAUUAAGCAUUAAGUAGCGUAGCCUCUAAGCGGGCCCACUCGGGGCUGGGUGUGUAAUUGUAUUUACUAAUGUUAGGCACAACCAAAACGAGCAACUAGUAUAAGUCAACAAACUACCAAAAUUAUGUUUAAACAACAACAAAACCUAGAACCUAAGUGCGCAAAGAACGAUUUUUUUUGUUGAUCUUCAAAUGAUCAUCCAACUGUCCCCUCUCCAUGUACCCCCACACCUACUGCUACUCCUACUCGUAUCUAUUGGUUAACUAUUUUAAUAUCUAUUUAUAUUGUUGUCUACCCAUCCACACACACACAUCUUAUGUUUCAAACAUCUAGACACACACACACACACACACGCACGUACAUGUGUAUUUGUUAAGUUAAUGUCCAACAAUUAAAACGCAAUCAUUCCUUCCAGUUUAGCGUAUAGUGCAAAAACUUAAUAUGUAAUUAUUGUAUUAAAACUGAGACAAGCA